GCACAUUUGUGUUAGUUUUUAAGUGCGUUAAUAGAAUUAAUUUGUUCAAAACCUAUUGAAGAAUCGGAAGCCGCAACACGCAAUUUCCUGCUUCUUCUAUUUGUAACAAUCGCUUCAGCUGUUUGUAUACGCAUCACCCUGUGUGCCCCGCAUAAAAAAACUUUUGCAAGUGGCAUAUAAAAUUUGCACACCUGUGAGCAACUUCCUGCUUCUUCUUAUCUUUGUAACAAUCGCCUCAGCUGUUUGUGCACGCAUCACCCUGUGUGCGCCGCAUACACAAAACCAUAAACAAAGUCAAUAUUGAGUUUUUGCAACAAAAAUAAUGUCUACUGAUAAUAUAGGCGUAGCUGCCGCUAAUUUGGAUAAAUACGGCGAGGAAGAUUUCUUUGGCCUAUUAGUACGCUAUGGUCUCUUCGUUGGCGCCAUAUUUCAGUUUGUGUGCAUAGCCGCUGCAGUUCUAAUGAGUGGCAGCGAUUCCCAGGACACGAUUGAGGAUGAGGCGCGCCUCAGCGAUGAACCUCCGUCCGGAAGCGGCAAUGUAGCGCGACGUCUGCACAAAAUACGUAAGCUGGAGAAGAAAAAACGGCGCUAGCUGCAUUUCUACUUUAUACUAAUGCAUUUACACAGUAUUCCCUAAUUAGUCUUAAGUUUGUGUGUACUUAUAAUAAAACUAAUUUAUUUGGCUGUA